CUAACUAAAAGAAAAUUACCCGUGCCGCUAUGUUGAUAAUUGUUUUUAAGAGAAUAUUUCUGUCGUUAAAGUAUUGUGUUUACGAUUUAUUAAAAUUUGAAAUAUUUCGUUAUAUAUAUUGAAAUUAACAAUUAAAAGAAAAUUUGAUACUUAUGCAGUAAUUGAAAAGUAUAGAGGUGAAUCAGUAUUGGUAUAUGAAAGCAAGGAUAGAUAAAACUUGUGUGCCAAACUACCAUGUCUUUAAAAUUUCGGAUGAAAUAUUUUAUAUAUAAUUGUGAUAUGAAUAAGGAUUUCAGAUAUAAGGAUAGUCACAAUAGUCUGAUGAUGAGAAAGACUUCCCCUUAUGUUUUAAAUGGGAAGAAUGUAUGUAUGAUUUGUGGAAAGUUAUUUUCAAUGAAAGAUUUCAAUUCUGUGUUUGAAGAUCCAGACGGUCAUUUUGUUCACAAGCAGACUAUGCAUUAUGUAAUCGAUGGAAAACAUGCAUGUGAUGCAUGCGGGAAAAUGUUCUCUAAUAAAGAAAAAAAGAAAUUUGCUGUUGUCAAGUUUUCACAAUCAGAACAUGUAGAAGUUAUCCCUAUUUCAUGGCUAAUCAACAACGAGAAGGGCAAAUGGCCUCCCGCUAAGAAGUCUACUGUGUAUCUUAGAAGGUGCAUUAGAGAAUCUGCGGAACCUGAAAAUGAUUGGCAAACAUUGGAUUUGAAAGUGUACUGCUUAUCAGAAACUCUCAAAUGUGCAAAUAAACUUGCACAAGCGGCAUUUGAUGCAUCAAUUAUCGAGACAUCUUCUUCUAAGGAAAGAGCCAAUUCCCGCAAAAGAAUAAGAAUCAAGCCUAUUAGAUUUCGUGACGAUUCAAGUGAAGAAGAAGAAGACAUUACAAAAAAUAAAUGCACUGAAGUGUCUUCAAUAUUAAACGUAAACCAGAUGAGUGAAAUGAAUGAUAGUGCUAAAAUGUUAACAAUGAUGACUAAGAUGUUAAAUCAUGCCAAAGAUACUAAAGAUGAAUUGAAACAUUUAAGAAAUGAAGUUAAAGAAAUAAAGGAUCAACAGAUUCAGUUCUUGAAUAAAGAGACACAUGAUUCAACAUAUGGUCUUUUAGAAUUACCGAGGGGUAUUGUGUUUCCGCUUUCUUCAGAUGCUGAUCUUAUUCAAUUAGAGGAAAAGUUAAAAGAAGAUAAAAACUUACAGUCUGCUCUUAUUCGUUAUUUUGACUGCAUAUGCAGCGGUAAGACUGUAUCUGGAUUCCUAUUGAGCAUAUGCAGGAAAUUUCUUACUAAGGAUCUUGCCAUGCAGUAUAGCAGGCUGGGGAGGAAAGGGAAGAAAUGCUUUGAGAACCACUCCGUCAUCACUAAUGUCAUUUUGGCAACAGUUCAAAGACGCUUUGAAGAGAAUAGGCAGGUGAUAGCCGAAAAAUUUGGAAAGGCUCUGGCCCAAGCAGUUGAUUGGGACGGAAGACCGAAAAUUAUAGAAGUCACCAAUUCCUUAGACUUGGAGACCGAAGAAUGUGUCAAUAUGUUCUAAAUUCAAUAAUUGUAUAUCAAAUAAAAUGAUUCAAAGCUA